AUGAAAAAAGAGGCAUCUUCAACAUUAGGUUUUGUCCCUCAAAAAGACAUCGUUUACAAUAAACUUCUGCCUUACGAGGACAAAUUAGACGAGGAGUCCAAUGGCAUUUUGGCACAAAUUAAAGGGAACCUGGGUCGGGCGGUUCAGCUCAGAGAGAUCUGGCCAGGAGUCUUGUUUUGGACCAGGAAACUUUCCACGUAUAUCCGACUGUACGGCAGAAAGUUCAGCAAAGAGGAUCAUGUUCUGUUCAUCAAAUUGCUCUAUGAGCUGGUUACCAUCCCCAGACUGGAGAUUAGUAUGAUGCAGGGCUUUGCCCGACUCCUCAUCAGUUUGUUGAAGAAGAAAGAGCUGCUUUCAAGGGAUGAUUUGGAGUUACCCUGGCGGCCUCUGUAUGAGCUGCAGGACAGGAUCCUGUACUCUAAGACAGAGCACCUCGGUCUCAACUGGUUCCCCAGUUCAGUGGAGAAUGUGCUGAGGACACUGGUGAAAAGCUGCAGGCCGUAUUUCCCUGAGUCAGCCACUCAGGAGAUGCUGGAUGAGUGGAGGCCACUGCUGUGUCCAUUUGACGUGACCAUGCAGAAGGCCAUCGGGUACUUUGAGCUGUUUCUGCCCACCACUCUGCCCCCGGAGCUCCAUCACAAGGGCUUUAAGUUGUGGUUUGAUGAGCUCAUUAGUUUAUGGGUGUCAGUGCAGAACCUCCCCUCAUGGGAAGUGCAUCUCGUCAGCCUGUUUGCCCGCUUGGCCAAUGACAACAUUGGUUACAUAGACUGGGACCCUUACAUACCCAAGAUAUUCACAAGGAUCCUACGAAGCUUCAACCUUCCAGUAGGUUCCAGUCAGAUACUGGUCUCCAGAUAUGUGACGAAUGCUUAUGACGUAAAUCACGUGGUCACCUGGGUUACGGCGAUGCUGGGAGGACCCAGUAAGCAGGCCCAGACUCAGCUGAGUGGCCUUUUCAACAGCAUCACCUCUUUCUUCCAUCCCUCUAACCACGGCCGCUGGCUGAUGAAGCUAAUGAAGCUUUUGCAAAGGCUGCCAGCCAGUGUGGUGCGCCGGCUCCAUCGGGAGCGUUACAGGAAGCCAACGUGGUUAGCCCCGGUGCCAGAAAGCCACAGACUGACCGAACAGGACAUCGCAGACUUUGUGGAAAGCAUGAAGCAGCCUGUGCUCCUGGCCAUGUUCAGCAAGACUGGCAGCCUGGACGCGGCCCAAGCCCUGCAGAACCUGGCUCUGCUCAGGCCUGAUCUAGUUAUCCCUCCAGUCCUGGAGAAGACGUACCCCGCCCUGGAGACUCUGACAGAGCCCCACCAGCUGACGGCCACUCUGAGCUGUAUGAUAGGCGUGGCACGAAGUCUGGUGACUGGUGGGCAGGGCUUUGCUGAAGGCCCCACCCAUGUCCUUCCCCUCCUCAUGAGAGCACUGCCGGGUGUCGAUCCCAAUGACUUCAGCAAGUGCAUGAUAACAUUCCAAUUCAUAGCUACAUUUGUGACUCUUGUGCCUUUGGUAGAUUGCUCAUCUGUUGUUCAUGAGAGGAAUGACUUGACAGAGGUGGAAAGGGAGUUAUGUUCGGCCUCUGCAGAGUUUGAGGACUUUGUUCUUCAGUUCAUGGAUAGGUGCUUUGCCUUGAUUGACAGCAGCACUCUGGAGCAGACCCGAGAGGAGAUGGAGACUGAAAAAAUGACUCAUUUGGAGAGCCUGGUGGAGCUGGGAUUAUCCUCCACCUUUAGCACCAUCCUCACACAGUGCUCCAAGGAGAUCUUUCAGGUGGCUCUGGAGAAGGUCUUCAUCUAUGCUACCACAAACAUCUUUGAGACUCGCGUAGCUGGGAGAAUGGUAGCGGACAUGUGCAGGGCUGCUGCUAAAUGUCAUGCAGAGGAGUCCCUCAAGCUUUUCGUGCCACACUGCUGUAACGCCAUAACACAGCUCAUGGCCAACGAGGAAGUGUUGAAUGAAGAGGAACUUGAUAAGGAAUUACUCUGGAAUCUUCAGCUGCUGUCUGAGGUAACACGUGUGGAUGGGGAUCAGUUACUGCGCUACAGCACCCAGUUAGUCCAGAUUCUCCAGCUGACUCUCCACCUGAAGUGUAAGCAGGGUUACAGCCUGGCUUGUAAUCUGCUCUACCACACGCUGCGGUCCAGUGCCCUCAUCUACCCCAAAGAGUACUGCAGCGUGCCGGGGGGGUUCCAGGAACCUGUGCAAGACUACCUGCCUAUCAAGGACUGGGGUCGUCCAGGAGACCUGUGGAAUCUCAAGAUCCAGUGGCACGUGCCCGACGGGGAGGAGACGGCCUUUGUGUUCUACGUUUUGGACUUGCUGCUACAGCCAGAGCUCCAAAAACUGCAGAGAUAUGCACAGGGGGAGCAAGACAUGAGCAGGGAUGAUGUCCUGCAAAGUUUAUCCAUUGUCCACCACUGCCUUCUGGGCGCAGGAAACCUCAUGCCGCCAUUAUGUGGCGAGCCAGUGUCAGAGCUGGUGCAUAGCAUGGUACAGCUCCAUGAGACUAAUCUGUACACAGGAGUGGACUAUGAUUUAUCGAGAGAGAACUACAGAGAGGCCAUCUGCAGAGUGAUGAGAAUGCUACUGCAUCACACUCUGGAACACUCAGAGGAUGACACAAAGUCACUCUUCUCAAUCAUAAAGAUCAUCAAUGACUUGCUGCAUUUCAAAGGCUCGCACAAGCAUGAAUUUGACUCUCGCUGGAAGAGUUUCAGCCUGGUCAAAAAGUCUAUGGAAAACAGGCUCCUUGGCAGUAAGCAACACAUUCGAGCUCUGCUCAUUGACAGAGUAAUGCUACAGCAUGAGCUGAGGAACUUGACUGUGGAGGGCUGUGAUUAUUUGAAUGUGCACCAGGACUUGAUGAGGGAUCUGCUCCGACUGUCUACCAGUACAUACAGCCAGGUGAGGAGCAAAGCUCAGAGCGUACUGUUCUCUGCUCUGAGUACUUACAACUUCUGCUGCCGAGACCUGAUUCCUCGAGUGCUGGAGUUCCUGGAGCCAAGCCGUAGCGACGUCACACAGCAGCAAUUCAAAGGUGCCUUGUACUGUCUGUUGGGGAACCACAUUGGGGUAUGUCUGGCCAACCUGCAGUACUGGGACUGCAUUGCCCUGACUUGGCCUGCCAUCGUACGCUCCGGCCUCAGUCCCUCCAUGUCCCUGGAGAAACCCUCCGUGGUCCGUCUCUUUGAUGACCUCGCUGAUAAGAUCCACCGGCAGUAUGAAACCAUUGGGAUUGACUUCACCAUCCCAGAGAGCUGUCUGGCUGUGGCGCUGGAGAUAUUGAACUCCAGUGACCCUGUGCCAUGCCUCACUCCUGCCUCUCAAGAGGAGGAGCAGGAGGGCAUUCAAAGACAAGAGGAGAAGAACCAGGCCUCCGUGCAGAACUAUGAGAAGUUGGUUCAGGACCUUUUGGAUUGCAUCUACAAUAGUAACAUGCCGUGGAAGUUUGAACACAUUGCCAUUGGGUUUCUGUCUCUAAUGCUGAGGGAUGACCACCCCCUCCCUGCCCCUUCUGUCCAAUUCUUCGUGGAGAGUCUUAACCAUGACUCUCUCUCAGUCCGCAAGGUUGCCAUAUCAGCUGUAGCUGGUAUUCUGAAGCAGCUGAAGAGACCCCAUAAGAAAGUCCCAGUCAGCCCGUAUGAUAUCUAUGGUGAUAAAAAAGUGGAUGUUUUGCUGGCGGGGGACAGACCUGACAACCAGUGGCUUCAGUACGACAGCCGUCGACUGCCACGCUCUCAGCAGGAUUGGGAGGAGUGCUGCUUCAUUGAGAAAACCCACUGGGGUUACUACACAUGGCCAAGGAAACUAAUGCUCUAUGCGCCCCCUGAAGAACAACCCAAACAAGGCUUAAGCAGAGAGGAAAUGACUGAGAGGGAGCGGAUUAUCUAUGACCAUUUCUCUGACCCAGUCUUUAUUGACCAGCUCAUCCAGUUUCUCUCGCUAGAGGACAGAAAGGGCAAGGACAAGUUUAGCCCACGCCGCUUCUGCCUCUUCAAGGGCCUUUUCCGGAACUUUGACGAUGCCUUUCUGCCCAUGCUGCGUCCACACAUGGAGCGUUUAGCGAGGGACUCGCACGAGAGCACGCAGCGCUGUGUGGCUGAGAUUAUCUCCGGACUCAUCAGGGGCUCCAAGCACUGGAGCUACAGCAAGGUCGAGAAACUUUGGGCUCUGCUUUGUCCUCUGCUGCGCACUGCUCUCUCAAACAUCACUGUGGAAACCUACGCUGACUGGGGCACAUGCAUCGCCACUGCCUGUGAGAGCAGAGACCCACGCAAGCUGCACUGGCUGUUUGAGAUGUUAAUGGAGUCUCCAGUUAAUGGGGAAGGGGGCUCAUUUGUGGAUGCCUGUCGACUCUAUGUCCUUCAGGGAGGCCUUGCUCAGCAGGAGUGGAGAGUUCCAGAACUCCUGCACCGACUCCUGCAGUACCUGGAGCCUAAACUCACUCAGGUCUAUAAGAACGUGCGUGAGCGCAUUGGCAGUGUGCUCACCUACAUCUUCAUGAUCGAUGUGAACCUACCACACACUCAGCCCACCACGUCCCCACGCAUAUCAGAGUUCACCGAGCGUAUCCUGGCCCGCCUCAAACCGCUCAUCGAGGGGGACGAGGAGAUCCAGAACCACGUCUUGGAAGACAACACAGAGGGAGACCAAGACGAGAGGACACAGGCUAUCAAACUGCUCAAAACUGUGUUGAAAUGGCUGAUGACUAGUGCUGGACGCUCCUUCUCCUCUGCUGUUCCUGAGCAGCUCCAGCUGCUGCCUCUGCUCUUUAAAAUUGCUCCAGUUGAAAAUGAUGACAGCUAUGAUGAGCUUAAGCAGGAUGCUAAGACAUGCCUGUCACUCAUGUCCCAGGGCCUGCUUUACCCAGAUCAGAUCCCACAGGUUCUGAGCACUCUACAGGAGAUUGCGGGAAGCAGUUCGUGGCAUGCACGUUACACCGUGCUCACAUACCUCCAGAUCAUGGUGUUUUACAAUCUGUUCACCUUCAGGAGCGACCCAAAGUCUGUCAACGAUGUGAGAGCACUCGUCUUGCGCCUACUGGAGGAUGAGCAGCUGGAGGUGAGAGAGAUGGCAGCCACCACUCUCAGUGGCUUUCUGCAGUGUAACUUCCUGACUAUGGAUGCACCAAUGCAGGCUCAUUUUGAGGCCCUCUGUAAGACUCGCCUGCCUAAGAAGAGGAGGAGAGAACUGGGCUCAGUGGUGGACACCAUUCCCUCUUCUGACCUUGUUCGGCGCCAUGCUGGAGUUCUGGGUCUGAGUGCAUGCAUCCUCUCCAGCCCGUAUGAUGUGCCCACCUGGAUGCCCCAGAUCCUGAUGGACCUCAGUGCCCAUCUUAACGACACACAGCCCAUAGAGAUGACGGUGAAGAAAACCCUCUCCGACUUCCGCCGUACUCACCAUGACAACUGGCAGGAGCACAAACAGCAAUUCACCGAUGACCAGCUGCUGGUGCUGACCGACCUGCUGGUCUCUCCCUGUUACUAUGCAUAGAGUCUGGUAUUCCUGGUGUGAUGGAGUUCCCUGGAGCUUUUCUCCCUCCCCUGAAGAGGAAUUGUUUUCUCUUCUGAGGAUGUUCUGCUGCUGAAUGUGCUCAUGGCGUCCGGGGUCAUCUAAGGCUGAAUACAGACUAAAUUACAGCAGCAGUCAGCCAGAAGCAAACUUCAGGAGAGCAGCAGAGCAGG